GAUGGCCCAUUAUCUUCACUGUUCCCCGGUUCUCCUAUGAUGCUGAGCUGCAGCUGGACAGGGCCAACACUGCUUUUAAAGAAACUGGAACUUUGUUAAGUCCUGAUACCCAACUUAAGUCAGCCAUUCUUGAUGGCUUGACUGAAACUAUUGUGAAGUACAAAGUGUACCUCUCCGACCGUGAGUUUGAGGAGGUAGCUGAAGCUCUUGUAUCAGCACAUCCAUGUUUGAAAGAACCAGGCUCAGUCACUGGAUUUGGCGGCUGGAAGACGAGCUUGAAAUAUAAACUUGGUAACUACCGAACAAAGCUCAGGCGGCUUGGCUGCCCAGAAGUCACAGUAAAUGCCCUAACACACAAACCUGGUGGCAAAUGCAGUCCUGCUUAUGGUGUAAAGAGACCAAAAAAAGCAGAAGUGAAUUACUGCCCUGCCUACCCGUCUGGUGAAACUGCCGAGACACAAGAAGGACUAAGAGUGGCCCUCCUCUCAGAAGUGAAGAAAAGAAACAAUGAGGAGAAUGUGGCGAAAAUGAUGGACAAGACCUUUGCUUACAGGAGGCAAGAAGUAGUUCGGGAGUCACCAAUGAUAGCUGACUUCAAAACGAGGUGGCCGGCUCUCUUCAAUGUGCAUGAGGUGUGUUUGGAAUUCAAGAGAAUCACAACAAUCCAUUUAGAGUCAAAGUUCUUCUCUGAGCUGGAUGCUUACUCUGCAGACCUAAUCAAGUUGUUUGCCAAGAAAGGCGGAGUUCAAGGGAAACAGAUCAGAAGCAUCAUGGUACCCAUGACUGAGACUGACAGCAUUGAUGUCAGAAGAGAAUGCAUACUGAAAAGUCUUUGCGUCUACUUGAAUGAAGAUCCAGAGAAGCUGGUGAAAGAAUACCUGAGCGAUGAUGAAAGCAGUCUGGCGGCUAUGGCAGAGACGGUCUUUGGAGUUUUUGUCAUUCGACACCACGGUGCAGGGCCCAGUGAGAACCCAGAGGAUGUCGGAAUUAUUCUGGAGGGUGUAAUGGUGUUGCAUGAGUUGAGGUAUGUGCCUUUUGCAGUGGCAAUGUUGCUUGCGCUCGUCUAUGCUCUAAACCUGAGCUACCCCAGAGAACUAAGAUACACCUUUGAAGCUCUGCAGAAGAUCAUUAUGAAACUAGAUGGAAAUAAACUUUCCGCAAAAGUGCAAGCUCUCAAAACAUUGCUUUCCCGUUAAUAACCACACAAGGUACAUGACUGAGCUCAUCCUCACCUUAGGAAAUCACCUUGUGAUUGCUUUAGAUUGCUUUAAAUCAGUAAAAAAUCUCGUUCAAUCAAAACAUAAUUGAAGUUAAAAUACUCCGACUGUAAGAAGGUUUUCAAUGAUUCU